AGGGGGCUCUGCACUGGAAAUAGAAAUUGGGGAGCUGCGAGUAUUCAGGGAGUAGUGGUAGCUGCUGUCUAAGGAGCGAGAAGAGAAGUUCAAGGACGAAAUCUCACCCUUUUUUGGUUUAGUUGGACACAAUAAGCCCGUGACAGAGACGAAGAAGGAAAGUUAGAGAGCUGGAAGGAAACCCAGGAGAGAAAGGGGCUAGUGUGACGUCAGUGGAAGGACCGGUGGCUCAGAAUCAGACUGGGGACAGGAGGACAGGUGCAGUCUGUGGACUUGGUCUCCUGGACACGUUCGUGAGAAGGGGUGUUUCUGGCCCUCUGCAGUCUGCAGGGCACUGGCCGGCCUCGUCUGAAAGAGAUUGUCCACAGGUGCCCAGACUGACAUUUGAAAAAUGGGAACUUGAGCCCUAUUGUGGCUCUUCUCCCACAGUUCUGUCCUACCUCCUUCCUGCUCCUCACAAAGCAGAUGAGAUGUGUGUCCGGGGAGCCCCGCUGGAGGGCAGAACAGACUGGAAGCGGGAGAUGGCUCCGGGGACUCUUCUGUGACAGGAGUCAGGCACAGCUGUGGGGCAGAGCCUCCUGUGAGUUUAAUGGGGGUGAGCAGUUGUUGGGGAUUUGCUGGGAGGAUCAGGGAGGGAGAGCCCGAGCACGGGCCCUUCCCUGGGCGGACUAGCCACCUUCAGACUCCGCACACGGGCGGAGGCCGUCUCGCUUUACACAGUAGCCGCGUCCCUGCGCAAUUGUACAGACCCGAGCACUACUUUAGGUUUUCCUGGAUUAAUCAAUUCUUUUCGGAUUGUGAGGGAUGCACUUGUGACUGGCCUCUGGGCCUGUCCAAAUCAGAGGACAGUGUGCUGUUUGUUUUCCUUUGUUCUUACCAAUGUGACAUUUCAGAGAAGUGCCGAGAAGGUGGGGAAGGGUGGAGGAACGGGGCUCACACUGCUGAACGCAGGGAAAUUUGACUCUUGGACACGGACGAGAAACACAGACCUGAAUUCCAAAAGUUACAGCAUCUUUGUCUUUUCUCUUUGCUCCUGUCAGCAUUCCUCUGGCCUGCUUUUCUCUCGAGCACAGUGAAGGACAUGACUUGGGUCAUCUGUCUGUGUCUCCCACACGCCCCUCUGGGGGUUCUUGGGAAACAAAUGGCACCUCAACAACUUUGAAACAGGUCAGCUCGGCUUCUGCUUGGAAGCCUGUGUCCCCCGUCUUGUCCUUCCUUGUUUUCUCUCUCUUGAUGUUAGUCCAGAGUUCAGGAUUCAUUCACGGAGAGCCCCUUCGUUUGCUCCUCAGUGCUUCGCGCACGCUUUCACAUGCUUGCUGGAGACAGAGAACUUUGGUUCAUCUUCCAAAUCCUGGCAGCAUUUUGGGGGUCCUCGCUGACCGUGAAGGGGCUUAACACGGCACUAAAGUGCUAUGGCUGAUUCAGGUGACAGUUUGUUAUUAGACGUGGUGAGGCACGUCCCCAGCAGGCUGGACGCUGGACGGAUCUUCCAGGAGCUUGGGCACGCGCUGCUCCCUCGUCCCUAGAAAAGCUCAGGCACUUCCCUGCCCUCAUCCACACUUCCUUGUCCCCUCCGUCUCCAUGCCCACUUCCUCCAGGUACCAAGGCCUUCCUGAUGGCCCUAAAAAUGGAACAAAUUCUAGUGAUGGCGACUUGUGACAGGAUGGACUGGUGGUCUCUCCCGUCCCCUGCCCCCUCCCUCUUCUCCAUGUGGCUGACUCUGCUUAUCCCACAAGAUGAAUUUUGGUGUGGUCACCCCAUGGCCUCUUCUCUGCUCUCCCUGGGGGCGCUGGGCUUGCCUCUCUCACAGCACACAUCCCGCUGGGGUGCUUCUUCUCAGUUUCACCGAGACGGCAUUGACAUACGGCGCUGUGUAAGUUUAAAGUGAACAGCAUAAUGGCUUGACAUACAUGUAUUGUGAGUGUGUUUUUUUUAAUUGUAGUAAAAUAGUCAUGCCAUAAAAUUACCAUUUUAACUAUGUCUAAGUGUACGGUUGAGUGGCAUCGAGAACAUUCACGUGGUCGCACAAGCAUGGGCACCAGCCGUCUCUAGAACUUCCUCUUCUCCAACUGAACUGAAAUUGUGAGGCCCACCGAGCACUAAUUCCCCAUUUUCCUCUGCCCCCAGCAACCACCAUUCUACUUUCACUUCUAUGAAUUUGACUACUCCAGAUAGCUCAGAAAUGGAGAUCAUACAGUGUUAGUCCUUUUGUAACUGGCUUAUUUCACUGAUCCUAACGUCCUCGAGAUUCAUCCAUGUUGUAGCACGAGCCAUAAUUUCCUAACGUUUUAAGGUGGAAUACCAUCCCGUUGUAUGUAUCCGUCACAUUCGGUGUAUCCAGUCAUCCAUCCGCGGGCCCCUGGGGCGCGUCCCCCUUUUGGCUACUGUGGGUAAUGCUGCUGUGAACAGGGGUGUGCAAGUACCUGCUCGAGUCCCUGCUUUUAAUUCUUGUAGGUACACUCCCCGAAGCAGUUGCUGGAUCAUAUGGCAAAUCUUGAUGUUUCCCUUUUGAGGAACUGCCAUACUGACCAUGUUGUGUCCAUUUUGAGUCUGUCUCCCCGACAGGCUUCCAGAGGAGGGCUGCGUUCUUCAUCUUUGGCUCCACAGCCCUACCUGAGGCUCUCUGGCACAGGAGAUACGCACCCAGUAAAGGUUCGUUAUCCUGACUAAAACAACGAAGGAAUGCCCUUAUUCCAGCCCCAGAGAGCUUACCUCAGAAAACAUGCAGGAACGGAUGUCAGGGGACUCAGAAGGUUGUGAUUUCACUCCCUCACUGCCGGUUAAUCUCACAGGAGGAAGUGAAGAGAAAACAGGCCUGUGCUACACCCGGGGACAGACACCAGCAUGCAAAACACUUCUCCCGCCCCUACAAGAUGCAAACGGACACACAAUGACAACACUGGAUAUUAAGCACCAGGUGCUACAGGGGCUGCCAUGGGGAGCACCUGGAUUAUUAUUUACCUCAGGAACACCCUGGAGUCACCACAGGUUUUCAGCAGAAAAGAGACACCAUGAUCUAAGAUACUUAACCAAUGGACAGCCUUCCAUCGAGCGAUUCCCCAUCAGCUUUAAAACCUACUUCUCAGGAAACUACUUUCACCACGUUGUGCUGGGGAUUUAUUGCAAUGGCCGCUAUGGCUCACUGGGCAUGAGCCGAAGGGCUGAGCUGAUGGACAAGCCGUUGACCUUUCGGACUCUGAGUGACCUCAUCUUUGACUUUGAAGACUCCUACAAGAAGUACCUGCACACAGUCAAGAAGGUCAAGAUCGGGCUGUACGUCCCCCACGAGCCUCAUAGCUUCCAGCCCAUUGAGUGGAAGCAGUUGGUCCUCAAUGUCUCAAAGAUGUUAAGGGCUGACAUAAGGAAGGAGCUGGAGAAAUAUGCCAGGGACAUGAGAAUGAAGAUCCUGAAACCUGCAAGUGCCCAUUCUCCAACCCAAUUGAGAAGCCGGGGGAAAUCCCUGUCCCCCCGAAGGAGACAGGCAAGCCCCCCGAGACGGCUCGGCAGGAGAGACAAGUCAUCCCAGCUUCUGCCAUUGCCACAGACUAGAGCCCAGGACACCCUGGUUCCUAGAGGUGUGUCUGGAGGAAAGCGGCUUCUCAGCUUCUGCCCCUGGCCUUCACCAAGCAGGCUUGUCUCCAGGCCUGCACUGCCUGACAAGAAGGUGGCUGACCUCAGCACGCUGAAUGAGGUGGGCUACCAAAUCCGAAUUUAGGCAAAGCCAUAUCAGCCAGCAAGAGGGCUUCUGUGGUGCUUCUCUCUGCACUUUACCCUGGCAUCUUCAAGAGGAACUGCAACUAUUUAUUGAGAACCUGUGGAUUUUAUUUUUAAGGAUUCACUUGGACACGGAAUCUGAGUGGGUGGUAACAACUAAUGUUGAAAUUCACCAAGGGGCCACCAUGAAAAGGCUGAAGAAACCCCACUGGGGUUGGACUGUCCCCCUCACUACAGACAGAAAGGGUAAUAUGUAACUGUGGUUUUCUAUCUUCCCAUUGACCUACUUUUGUUUACUUGCUUUUGAACACGAUGCCUCCUCACCAGUAGUAAAUAUUACUGAAGCCCUCCCUCCCACUUUUGAUAUAGUAAGGUAACUCAGCCAGUAUUAAUGUCUUUUUUCAGCAAUAACAGAGGCAAAGAUUGGUGGGAUUUUUUUUUUUAAGCAGUCAAUAUUACCUCAGCAUCUUGACAUCAGAUAUGCAAACUUAAUGGUGUUUUGUUUUGUUUUUUAUUCUAUUUGUAUUGUUUCCCCAAUAUUUCCAAUGGGGAUCUCCAUAAAGUUUGGAACUUUUUCCUGGUGCACACGUAAUAAGAUUUAAGGUAUUAUAUCAAGUGUUUUACUAAAAAGCACUGAAAUUCUUCUGGCAAUACGGGAAACUAUUUUCAGGACCUUGGAGUUACUUCUUUCUUAAAGCAUUCACUGACAGCGGUUUUUGUUCUUUCAAAACAAAAAGCACGUUCAGAAGGUAGUCUGUGUUCUGUCACUAACAUUUAAACUUUGCAAACUCCAGCAAAAAAAGCACAAGAGGUCUUGGCACUGUGACACAAAUUUAGCAGUAUUGCAAUUACCUCCGACAAUCACACACUCAGAAAGGCAGAGGCCAGGAGUGAACGAGUCUUCAGAGUCUUGAGAACCAGAUAACCUUUCUGUUCACAUUUCAUCUGAUUUUUUAACUGAGUCAGGCCUUGAUUCUGAAGGACACACUGUUGUCGGAGAGGUGUUCUGAUGUCUUCUAUUAAGA